UGAAAAUUUGUUUAAUCAAAUUCAUAGGGUCUUAUCAAUGAGCUGCGUGUGUUGAAGGAACAAAAUCAACGUCUACUCGAUGACAAUCAGGAAUUACGCGACCUAUGCUGCUUUCUUGACGACGAUCGACAGAAAGGGCGAAAACUCGCAAGAGAAUGGCAACGCUUCGGAAGAUAUACGGCCAGUGUGAUGAGACAGGAAGUGGCAGCCUAUCAGCACAAAUUACGUCAACUCGACGAUAAACAACAAGAAUUGAUUACCGAUAAUCUGGAGUUGAAGGAAUUGUGCCUAUAUUUGGAUGAAGAACGUACACAUAUUGCGGCGAAUGCACUUUGCGCCAAUUGUGGUGCCUCAGUGCGCAAUCCAUUACGCGAUGAUGGUGAUGGCAGUAGUUCCAGCACAAAUGCGGAGGAAACUCUUUCUGCGUUACGAAAUUAUGAGCGUCAAAUGCCCGAUUCCACACUACGCACAACGCUUAGUGAUCAAACGGUUCAGUAUGUAAGAUCGUUGGAACGACGUAUACGACAAUUGGAAGAGGAACGUGUGGGUACUACGACACCAACAGCCAAUAUCAUAGUUUCACAGCAUUCCCAACCUCAGGCGCAAACGCAAUCGCAACCCCAACAACAGCAGCAACAACAGCAACAGCAGCAGCAGCAACAACAAUCGGCACAAAAUGCGCUCAUCGAUCCGAUUUCGAGUCGCCCCGAAGCUGUGGUACGUGCACUCCAGGUACUCGAAGUACGUGAACAAUUGGAACGUGAUCGUCUCAGUGGACUCAUUGAAAAUUCAAGAGACCAAAUGGAUGACGGCGAGAAGGCUUUGGUGCGAGAAAUGUGUAAUGUGGUAUGGCGUAAAUUGGAAAGUAAUGUUCCAAACGUUUCAAGUAGUAUGUAGUAGAGUAGAAAUUACG